AUGCGGAUCCCGCGGCGGAAGGGCGGGGCGGGGCCGCUCGCGGUCGGGGUGCCCAGCAGGCGGGCGCAGGUGGCCGCGGUCUUCGCGCUCGCCGCGCUGCUGGGGGUAUCCGUGCUCUACGACAGCGCGCACAUCGCCGCCUCGCUGCGGAGGCACGGCGGCGGCCCGAGGGCGUACGCCAAGCUCUCCUCCGACGACGCCGCCGCCGUCUCCAGCGCCGCGAGGGAGGAGGCGGCGGCGGCGGCCGUGGAGGCGGCAAGCGCGCGCGCGCCGCCCGCGAAGGGAGCGGAGUCGGCGCCGGUGGAGGGCACGGAUCGGCCCGAACCGCCCCCGCACCAGCAGCAGGUGGAGAAGGCGGAGGUUGAGGCGGUGGCUAAGCCCGGAGCGACGGCGGGGAGCUCGCUGCAGGACGCGCCGCUGAUCGAGGAGGUGGUGCAAUCAGGCGGAGCGGCCCAGGGCGGCGGCUCCGCGCAGGAGGAGCGGCAGGAAGGGACGUGCGACCUGUACAAGGGCCACUGGGUGUACGACGAGACCCGCGCGCCGAUUUACAAGGAGUCCGGCUGCAGCUUCCUCACGGAGCAGGUCACCUGCACGCGCAACGGCCGCCGCGACGACGACUACCAGAAGUGGCGCUGGCAGCCCGACGGCUGCGACCUCCCCAGAUUUGAUGCUAAGUUGCUUCUGGAGAAGCUAAGGAACAAAAGAUUGAUGUUUGUGGGGGAUUCUCUGAAUCGGAACCAGUGGGAGUCCAUGGUGUGCCUGGUCCAGGCAGAGGCUCCAUGGGACAAAAAGUCACUUGUUAAGAAUGGUUCUCUGAAUGUGUUCCAUCUUCAGGAAUACAAUGCAACAGUUGAGUUCUACUGGGCUCCUUUCCUAGUUGAGUCAAACUCAGAUGAUCCAGACAUUCAUAGCAUCAGUGACCGCAUGAUCAAGCCAACAUCAAUCGCGAAGCAUGCAGCAAACUGGGAAGGGGUGGACUACUUGAUCUUCAACACUUACAUUUGGUGGAUGAACACACCACAGAUGAAAACAGUGCAUGGUGGAUCUUUUUCAAGGAAGCAUGUUAAGUAUGAUGAAGUAGAACGUGUCGUUGCAUACCGAAAGGUCCUCAAGACAUGGUCUAGAUGGGUAGAAACGCACAUAGAUCCUAAGAGAACAACAGUCUUAUUCAUGAGCGUGUCACCUGUACAUAUGCAGAGUGAAGGUUGGGGCAGCCCUAAUGCCGUAAAAUGCUUCUCUGAGACACAGCCAGCAAUCAAUUACACGAAAAAACUGGAGGUGGGCACGGACUGGGAUCUCUUUGCGACCGCACAGCGCGUGACGAGGUCGAUGAAGAAAGUGCCGGUGCACUUCAUCAACAUAACUGCGCUGUCGGAGAUCCGCAAGGACGCGCACACCUCUGUACACACGCUGCGUCAGGGGAAGCUGCUUACGGCGGAGCAGAAGGCGAACCCGAGGAAGUUCGCGGACUGCAUCCACUGGUGCCUCCCUGGCGUGCCAGACACAUGGAACGAGUUUGUGUAUGGGCACAUCAUGUCGAGCCCACCGCAGCUCCAGAUGCCCGAGGAUCAACCUCACAGAUGACAGAGAAAUGUUGCACCGGAAAUCUGGUAGCUCAUUUUAGUGAGGAAAAGAUUUGUGAUCGAGGCCAUAAGUUAUAUUUUUUCUAGGUUUAGAAGUCUAUGCUGUUGGUUCGCCUAAGCAUUUGUUGGGAGGUAAGAUCACAGUAUAGCGAACACGUAGCUGUGAACACAGCCACGAGCCCACGAUCACCUGAGGAGCGUUCUCGCGUUGUCUGAAUGUGGUUGUUUGAUGAGGAGAAUGCUUCUGUGCUUCUCGUGUCUCACGUGGCACGUGUACAUAAUUUUACCAGAUUUUCAUGAAAUUGUUUAUAUUCGUGUAGUGAAAUUUUUAUAGAACUUAGGGAAAUCUGCUUUUGAGAA